GGAAGUCGGGCUGGGCCGGAGGAGCCCCCUCAGCCGCCGCGUCCUCUUCCUCCUCUUCCUCCUCCUCGUCUCGUCCGGGCGCCGCGUCGGGCUCGGCUGGGCUUGGGCCUCCUGGGAGGGGCCCGGCUGGUGCUGCGCCGCGUCUGGGCCGGAAGGGGGGGCGAGGCCGGCGGGAUGGAGGCCGUGCCCCGCAUGCCCAUGAUCUGGCUGGACCUCAAGGAGGCGGGAGAGUUCGGCUUCCACCAGGCCGUCAAGAAGUUUGUCCUGAAGAACUACGGUGAAAAUCCAGAGAACUACAAUGAAGAGUUGAAGAAGCUGGAGCAGCUCCGGCAGAAUGCCGUGAACGUGCCCAGGGACUUCGAAGGCUGCAGCAUCCUGCGCAAGUACUUUGGGCAGCUGCACUACCUGCAGAGCCGCAUCCCGAUGGGGGCGGAGCAUGAAGCAGCCGUCCCCAUUACCUGGACUGAGAUCUUCUCCGGCAAGUCGGUUACGCACGAGGACAUCAAAUACGAGCAGGCCUGCAUCCUGUAUAAUCUGGGCGCAUUGCAUUCCAUGCUCGGAGCUAUGGACAAAAGGGUAUCUGAGGAGGGCAUGAAGGUUUCCUGCACCCAUUUCCAAUGUGCAGCGGGGGCCUUUGCUUACCUCCGGGACCACUUCCCUCAUUCCUACAGCGUAGACAUGAGCCAUCAGAUCCUUAACCUCAAUAUCAACCUCAUGCUGGGCCAAGCCCAGGAGUGCCUUCUGGAGAAAUCAAUGCUGGACAACCGGAAGAGCUUCCUUGUGGCCAGGAUCAGUGCCCAGGUGGUGGAUUACUACAAAGAAGCGUGUCGAGCUUUGGAGAACUCUGAAACAGCUUCCCUGCUGGGGAAGAUUCAGAAGGACUGGAAGAAGCUGGUGCAGAUGAAGAUCUACUAUUUCGCUGCUGUGGCCCAUUUGCACAUGGGUAAGCAGGCGGAGGAGCAGCAGAAGUACGGGGAAAGGGUCAUCUACUUCCAGAGUGCUCUGGACAAGCUCAAUGAAGCCAUCAAACUAGCCAAGGGUCAGCCGGAAACGGUGCAGGAAGCCCUGAGGUUCACCAUGGAUGUCAUUGGAGGAAAGUACAACUCUGCCAAAAAGGACAACGACUUCAUCUACCACGAGGCUGUCCCUGCGCUGGAUACCUUGCAGUCGGUGAAAGGCGCACCUCUGGUGAAGGCCCUUCCCGUCAACCCCACUGACCCGGCUGUCACAGGCCCUGACAUUUUUGCCAAGCUGGUUCCAAUGGCUGCCCAUGAGGCGUCCUCACUCUACAGUGAAGAGAAGGCCAAGCUGCUGAGAGAAGUGAUGGCCAAGAUCGACGCCAAGAAUGAAGUCCUGGAACAAUUCAUGGACUCGUUGCAGCUGGACCCCGAGACGGUCGACAACCUGGACAUGUACAACCACAUCCCACCGGUCUUGAUGGAGAAAUGUGCAGCGCUCAGCGUGCGCCCAGAGACCGUGAAAAACCUUGUUCAGUCCAUGCAGGUGCUCUCUGGCGUUUUCACAGACGUCGAAGCAUCUCUGAAGGAGAUCAAGGACCUUCUGGACGAGGACGAGGCCCAGGAGCAGAAGCUGCAGGAGGCGCUGGGGGGGAAGCUGCCCCCGCAGCAGGGCUCCCCUCCCACCCCACCCUCCUCCGGGCUGGCGGAAGUGGCCAAGGAGUGGGGCAAGUACAUGGAGGUGCACGAGAAGGCCAGCUUCACCAACACCGAGCUCCACAAGGCCAUGAACCUGCACAUCAGCAACCUGCGGCUGCUCAGCGGGCCCCUGGAGCAAGUGAGGGCCGCCCUGCCCACCCCCAGCCUGACGGAAGACGACCAGCAGGCAAUGCAGACCUUGAAGAGGAUCCUGGCCAAAGUGCAGGAGAUGAAGGACCAGCGGGUCUCCCUGGAGCAGCAGCUGCGCGAGAUGAUCCAGAAGGACGACAUCACCACUUCGCUGGUGACGACGGACCGGUCUGAGAUGAAGAAACUCUUUGAGGAGCAGCUGAAGAAGUACGACCAGAUCAAGGUCUACCUGGAACAGAACUUGACCGCCCAGGAGAAUAUCCUCAAAGCCCUGACGGACGCCAACGUCAAGUAUGCGGCCGUGCGCAAGGUCCUGGCAGAGGUGGAACACAAGUGGAACACAUCUUUGCAGACCCUGGUGGCUUCCUAUGAGGCUUACGAGGACCUGAUGAAGAAAUCCCAGGAAGGGAAAGAUUUCUACGCCGACUUGGAGAGCAAAGUGGCCAAACUGCUGGAGAAAUCCCGGGCUGCCUGCAAGGGAGCUGAGGUGGCCAGGCAGCAGCUCCUGGAGAGGGAACUGAAGAAGAGACCUCCUGCCAGGCCCACCACCGCCAAGCCGGCGCUCCAGAAGAAGGCCUCCGACCUCGAGCCGCCCGACCCCCUGCCCCUCGGCUCCCUCUCCCUGGCCGACCUCCCGGAGGAGCUCCGCAGCCUGCCCCCCGAAGUGCUGGGGGCUCACCUGGCGCAGCUGCCGCCAGAUGCCUUGGCCGCCCUUGGUCUGGACCCUGCCUUCCCCCACGCUGGCCUGAGAGCAGCCCCUGGCCAUGAAGCCUUUCCUGCCCCCCAGCCGGGCCAGGCCAGGCUUCCCUUCGGCCCGGGCCAGAACGUGGCCCGGGGUGCCCCCCACAGGCACUACCCACCACCCAGAGUCCCGGCCAGCUCCGCGCAAGCCCCUUAUCCCCCGGCCUCCCACCAGAUGCCGCCUUCUGCCCCCCAGGCAGCCCCACCGCCUAUGAGCUCCGCCCCCUCCUCAGUCUCCAACCCCCAGGCCUACCCACCCAGUGGCAGUGUCAUGCGGGGCCCAGCUGCGCAGCCCCCCUACCCUGGGCCCCCCCUGCCCCCGCAGCACACCUCCCCGCAGCACCUCCCCAUGCCCUUCUCCGCUCCCCCAGGGGGCAUGGUUUACGGCAUGGGGCAGCUGGCCCCCAACAGCGGGGCAUUCCCGGCCAGCCACUCCGCCCCUCUGGCAGUCCGGCCCCCCGCUCCGUCCCCCCACCAGUACGGCGUCGGCAGCUUCCCCCAGCACGCGCCGGGGGUCCGGCCGGCCACCACCACCGUCGACAGCAUCCAGGCCCCCAUCUCGAGCUGUGCCGCCCCCAGGGGCGUGGCCGGGCCGCUCCCCCAGUGGGCAGGGCCUCCUCCUCCUCCUCAGGGUGGCUUCGCAGGACCUCAAGGGACACCGAACGCCCCGUUCCCGUACCCCCAGCCUUGUGGGCCACCCUUCAUGCAACAGGCCCUGCCGCCUUACUCCUCUGCUCAGCCUCCGCAGGCCUUCUCCUCCCACGGGCCCCUCCAGCCCCCAAUGGACAGGCAGGUCCGCCCCCAGCCCCUUGGUCUGCCCCCCCAGCAGUACACACCCCAGUUCCUGGCCCAGGUCCAAGGGCCCCAGGUCCAAGGGCCCCAGCAGCCGCCCUUCCAGCACCCCUUCCCGGCUCAGGUCUGCGCCCCGCAAGCCGUCCUCAGGCAGGUCCCCCCACACCCGCCCGGCCAUCCCGUCCAACUGGGAGCCCAACACUAUCAGCUUGGGCCGGCCCAUGACAAGCUGCCCCUGGGCCACGCCUUGCCUCCCCACUCCCUGACCUACCCCACGGCUGUUUCCCAUGGCCCCAACAUUUCCAUGGGCAUGAUGGGGCCUGAGCAGCAGCAGCAGCAGCUGCCCCUUCGCCCGUCGCUCACUUCCAUCCAGCCCUUGCCUGCCAGAUCGCCAGCCCAGGUCGCCUUUGGUGCCAGCCCGGCACCCCGGCCCCUUGGCCCUGGGGUCCCCCAGAUCCCUCCGGGUGCCCCUAUGCCCCACGGAGGGCAGCCCCAGCCCGUCAGCCAGGCCCUCCCUCACCACGUCCCUCCCGCACCCAGCCCUGCCCUGGCGCAGAUGCCUGGCGCCGUAGUGGUGCAGGGGGCUGCCUUGCCCUCCCCGGCGCCCUCCCCGCAGCCUUCCCUGACCCUGCCGGCUCCAUCUCUCCUGCCCCCCUCGGGGCAUCUCCCGCAGCUGCCCCCAUCCUCUCUGGCGCCCGGCGGGGCCGCCCCACUGGCGCAGGGCCCCUCCGAGGCCUCCCGCUUCCCCCGGCAGAACUCGUCCACCGACGACCUCCUGUCCUCCAGCCCCGAGAGCCAGCACGGGGGUGCCAAGGCCUCGGUGGGGCAGCCCCUCCUGCAGCCCACCAAGGCCGACGCCAAGGAUGGGCUGAAGCCCAAGGCCGUGCAGCUGAUCGAGAAGGACCCCUACGAGAAGCCCGAGCACAUCCGCCGGCUCCUGUCGGAGCUGGAGCGCUUCCAGGACGUGGUGGCCGGCCUCGAGAAGCCGGCCCCUUCCCCGGGGAGCGCCAACGAGCUGGACGGCAUCUGGAAGGAGCUGCAGGACGCCCAGGAGAAAGACGCCCGCCAGCUCUCCAUCGCCAUCGCCCGCUGCUACUCCAUGAAGAACCGCCACCAGGACAUCAUGCCCUACGACAAGAACCGCAUCAUCCUGCAGUCGGGCAAGGACGACUACAUCAACGCCAGCCGCAUCGAAGACCUCUCCUCCUACUGCCCCGCCAUCAUCGCCACGCAGGCCCCCCUGGUGGGCACAGCCUCCGACUUCUGGCUCAUGAUCUACGAACAGAAAGUGUCCGUCGUCGUCAUGCUGGUUUCCGAGCAGGAGAUCGAGAAACAAAAGGUUGUCCGCUACUUCCCCACGGAGCGGGGCCAGCCCAUGGUCCACGGCCUCCUCACCCUGGUCCUCACCAGCGUCAAGGCCACCCCGACGCACGUGGAGCGCAUGAUCACGCUGCAGUUCCGAGACCAGAGCUUGAAGCGCACCGUCAUCCACCUGCAGUUCUCCUCCUGGCCGGAGCUUGGCCUCCCGGACAGCAAAGGGGACCUGCUCCGCUUCAUUCAGGAGGUGCACAGCCAUUACCUCCACCAGCGGCCGCUCCACACCCCCAUCGUCGUCCAUUGCAGCUCUGGCGUGGGCCGAACCGGCGCCUUCUGCCUCUUGUAUGCCGCCAUGCAGGAAGUGGAGGCCGGCAACAGCAUCCCAGACUUGCCCCAGCUGGUGAAGAAGAUCCGCCAGCAGAGGAAGCACAUGCUGCAGGAGAAGCUCCACCUCAAGUUCUGCUACGAGUCUCUCCUGAAACAUGCCAAGCAAGUGCUGCAGAGACACGGGGUCAUGGCGCCCUCCGCCAGCAAGCCUGCCAGCAGUGCUGCCCAGAAGCCCCAUAUCCUCCAGGACCCUCAGGAUCUGGUGAUGGGUGCCGACAUGCCCAUCAGCUCCAUCCAGGCCACCAUCGCCAAGCUCAGCAUCAGGCCUCCCUUGGGAGGGGCAGAGCCCUCAUCCGCCAACGGGCAGCAGCUGGAGCCCCUGCCCUUGACUGUCCCAGCGCCCCCUGCUGGCCCCCCUCAGACCGCCUUUGCCGAUCUCGGCUGCCCUGUUGCCAGCACAGAGCUGGCCCCCGCGCUCUCCCCGCCAGCCACCCCUGCACCAGCGGCGCCUGAGGCUGCUGGAUGCUGCACGGCCGAGAACAGCAACCACCUGGAAGAGGAGAGUCAGGAAGAGAGUGAAGUCCUGCCAGCGCCUCCCGGGGCAGAGCCCUCUGCUGCUCCGGCUGCGGCCCCGUCCUCCUCUUCCUUGGAGCUGCUGGCCUCGCUGACCCCCGAGGCCUUCACGCUGGACAACAGCCUCAAGGGCAGGCACAAGGUGAGCAAGCAGAGCUUCCUUCAGCCCCAGAACGGGGAAGGCCUCCGCGGCACCCGCCCCAGCGACGACCCCCUCAGCAUGCUGGACCCGCUGUGGACACUCAACAAGACAUGAGGAGGGCAUCACACCAACCCAAGACUUUGCUGCUGCUGCUGCUAAUACCACCACUGAUGCAUUUUGAGGACUAGAAACUUGGGAGGGCGAGGGAGGAAAGGGGGCUGGUUCACACUCCGCAGCAUGCAGCUUUUCCAGCUCAAGACUGGCCACAGCCAGGAAGCCUCUGCUGCGCCAGGAGCCAUGCAGUGCCCAUUCGCCUCGCAUCCUUUUUCCCUCUCCCGCCACUACUUAGAAGACUGUUUCCCACCGGCUGUGUCUGAACGGCUGGAGGCGUGCAGGAAGAUUUUUCUGAGCCGAUUGUUCCUUUCUCCCACUUUGUGCCUGCCUCCAAGUGCCAUGGGAAGGAAGGAAUCUGUAAGUUGGCCUUUGGAGGGGCAGAAAUAAUGGAAUGCAGUUUGGGCGGAGCGGGACGUGUGGUUUGAUUUUCACUGCGGUCAUAGGUGGUUACCCAGCUGGAGAAGCCCCCGAGGUAAUUUUCCCAACCAGAGGAAGAUUUUGAAACACAGCCCAAGGUAACCCUGGCUUGGGUGGACUAUGGUAAAAGGGCUUCAAACCCCCCCCCCCCCGCUGCCACCCUUGGUGCUUCUAAGGCUUUGAGAUGUGGCACUUCAGGGCUGCUCCUUAAACUGCCUCUGGCAAGACUCCCUUUUGCUCCUGUCUACCGACUUCUACUCUGAAUGGGGUAUCCAAGACCCAACCACAACCCCUUUGCGCUGGCGAGAGCUCAUUUGGGACCAAGCAGCUACAUUUGAUCGGCUUGCAUGAAAGGUGUGUGGAGAGUCUUUUUAGCUGCUAGGUGAAGGAGCAGGAGACGUGCUUUCUCAGCAACCUCCAAAGCUGCUCCCGUGUCUUGCCGGCUCCACCGUCACCUGUUUCUUGUUUGGCCAGGCCAGUUGCAUCUUGUUGCCCUUACAUUCCAGCUAGGGAUCCCCAUCUUGAAGUCCCUUUAUGUGGUUAAUUUGGCUCAUCCGUGUGCCUGAUGGUCUUUUACAAAGGUGCAAGUGUGGGGAGGAGCUGCCCAAAAGACAGGUGAUGGCACCGAAGGAGGACUGUGGGUGUUAACUGAGCCAGCCACCUUGGGUCCUUGCAGCGGCGUGCUUCCUUAACAAUGCUGCCCGACUGUGGCCAUAUGAAGGCAGAUUAAAUGAAUGGGAAUGCUUAAAUGUCACAUUUUCCCCCCAUAGCGUUUGCUCUUUCCAUCAGCUCCCUCAAUUUAAAGGACUGUCUUCAUGAGUAGCUGGAAGGCAGGAGGGUUAAAGUGGGAGAGGGGCCAGGUCUUGGUGGGUUUCUGGGUUGUUUUUCGCUUUGUACAAAUGUAACAUUGUCAUGUUUCGACUUACUCUGUAAUUUAGAACCAACUUUUUUCAGCUCUUUGCUACUAAAAUAAAUGAAUGGGAGCGCUGCA